CCGCGGCGGACGGCAGGAUGGGGAAGGCGGCGGCCCUCGGCGCCGAGCUGGGCGUGCGGCUCACCCUGUUCGCGGCCUUCUUGGUAACGGAGCUCCUUCCUCCCUUCCAGAGGCGGAUCCAACCCGAGGAGAUGUGGCUGUACCGGAAUCCGUAUGUGGAAGCAGAGUAUUUCCCUACCAAGCCCAUGUUUGUCAUUGCAUUUCUGUCCCCACUGUCUCUGAUCCUCCUGGCCAGAUGUCUCAAGAAGGCAGGUGCGACAGACAGCAAACAAGCCUGCCUGGCUGCCAGCCUUGCCCUGGCUCUGAAUGGUGUCUUUACCAACACAAUAAAACUGAUAGUGGGCAGCUGUCCUGCGGGUGACACUUGGGCUCUUUGCUGCCCUGAACAGCGUUUCCCACUGACCGGCACAGCGGGGUCCGUGUCCCCUGGAACACCCCCUGAAGCUGCAAGGCCACGCCCAGACUUCUUCUACCGCUGCUUCCCCGACCGGCAAGCCCAGUCCGACUUGACGUGCACAGGGGAGAAGGACGUGGUGAAUGAGGGCCGCAAGAGCUUCCCGAGUGGGCAUGCUUCCUUUGCAUUUGCUGGUCUGGCCUUCGCUUCCUUCUACCUGGCAGGGAAGUUACAUUGCUUCACACCACGAGGCCGUGGGAAGUCUUGGAGGUUCUGUGCCUUUCUGUCACCUCUCCUCCUCGCGUCUGUGAUCGCGCUGUCCCGCACCUGUGACUAUAAGCAUCACUGGCAAGAUGUACUAGUUGGAUCCGGGAUUGGCCUGACAUUUGCCUAUGUCUGCUACAGGCAGUAUUACCCUCCUCUGACGGAUGCAGAAUGCCAUAAGCCAUUUCAGGACAGACUUGUACUGCCCAGGGCACAGAAGCCUGGUGACCCUUAUCAUUUUAGUAUUUAGAAAUCAGAACUAUCUCAAUGGAGAUUAGGUGAAUCAGCCCCUCUUAACUGCGCAAGACAAGAAAGUCUGACCUUUUUACUCUUUAAGAGAUACAGGUGAGCACUUCAUUCUCUCUCUCUAUGUUUAUGCAGUUUUACUCACAUGGAUUUGUCAUGAGUCAAGGUUCAAAGUUCUUUUUCACGACUCUGUGCCACACAUUCUGUUAAAAAGCCAGUAGUCCACCAGAUUGGUAUCCCAAGAUCUACAGCAUUUUACAUUUAAUUUAAAUGUCAUUCUUGGAAGGAUCUUUCACAAAGAAACCUUUACAUAUUCUAGAACCCAGAGUUAAAUUUCCAUUUUCCAUAGCUCAGAAUCUUAAAACCCAGGGCAUGACCGACUAAAUUAUUUUCGUUCUGUUUACUUUCUCUGAUGACAAUUCCAUCAAGCCUUAAAUAGGAAAAUGUGCAGUUGUGGCUUCCUUACCGCAUUAUACAUGUAUCUUAUUUGAGUCUAGCCAGAUACUGCUGUCCAUUUUGAAUCCUGUGGGCAUAAAUUAUUUAUUGAAUCACUAAAUAAUUUUUAAAAAUGGUAAGGACAAAUGAGGUGGAAAUCAUCAGUUGCUAGUAUUGAAACCACACUCCUGAACUGUGUUCAUGAGCUCCUUUCCCUCCAUGCAUGACUGAAGAUCUGCCCAAAUGCAUCAACUCUGCAACUGGCUAAGGCAGGAAAGAAAAAUUACACAUGUCAUUAUCUGGAGGACAAAUGAACUUCUUCUGUCCUUUCUUCAUAAUGGGAUAUAAGGAACAAUUAUAGGACAUCAUCAGAACUAAUGCUAUAGGACCUACAACUGCCCUGCUCUUUGCAAUUAUACUUUUAACUAUGACCUUGUCUUAUGUGUUUCUAUAUUUUCGAUGUAUCUUUCUCCUUCAAUAAAUUUGACAGUCAAAAAUGG